GUUAUGCACUCUGUUUGUCUUGGGCCUGCUGUGGGACAGCAUGAGAGCCCAAAACACUAUCAGCAGCCUACGAGCGGCAGCAGUAGCGUGGGAGGGGGAGCUGCCAUGCACAAAGUGGGACUGUGAGUGUGCGUUCAAGCGCCAGCGGGGCUGCUGCUGUGCCAACUCGGAGCUCCAGGAAAUAGAGGAUCAAAUGUUCCUAAGGGUGAUGGACCUGUCGAAGAGCAUGUCACAGCUGGGUGACAGCAUCCUUGAAGUCAUAGGGGGGAUAAAGGUUGCGUUCACCGCCUAUUUGAGCCCCAGAACAAACUGCUUCGGACCUUUCACCAGGAACAACCCCAUUCCUUAUGAUGUCAUCAACCUAAAUCACGGAAAUGGAUUUAACCCCGCCCUGGGUACAUUCACGGCUCCUCGUUCUGGGCUGUAUUCCUUCUCCUACACUGUCUAUUCCAAGAUGAGCAUGGUUGGCGACAGGAUGUACUACAAGGUGCAACUCAUGAGAAACGGGGAGGUGGUGGCAUCCAUUUGGGAGGACAACAGGGAGGACUCAGAGGACAGCAGUUCCCAGACAGUACUCCUGUCACUGCAGCAGGGAAGCCAGGUCUAUGUAGAGCUGCUGAGUGGCAGGCAGCUAUGUGGGAACAUCGAAGGCCUGAACACCUUCUCUGGCUCACUGGUUUACCCCUCUAUGACUUAAUAUUGAUUUCCUUCUCUGUGGCCUAAUUUGUCUGUCUAAUGUAAAGCUCACAAGUGUUUCUUCACAGUAAAGCUGAAAUGAGCUGGAACAUGAAAUCAAUAAUUUAAAACAUGCAAGUGCCUCAUAUGCAACUACACUGUAUGGGCCAAACCUUUUUUUUUAAAAACUUUAAUAAAAAUAUGUAUUUCUGACACUUAAAAGUGCGGCGUUUAAAAAUUUAGUGGCAUCUAUCAUUGCAAACAAAACUUUUGGAUUUGAAAACA